AUGAGCAACAACAGCGGCGACGAUGCUGCUCCAAAACAACACCAAUUCGAAAAAGUUCCACCACAAUUUCGAAAAACACCAUCCGCUCAUGCAUUGUCUUUGCACCAUCAGCAAGCGGUAUGUUUGAUCAAAACAGUAAUCAAUCAUUUUGAUUUCAAAAAUCAAUUUUCGUCUGAAAAAACAUGUGGCGCAAGAUUUUAUAUCUGAAAAAAAAACAGGUGGAAAUUGUAUCCAUCAGAAAUAUAAAAUACAAUUUCCCCUUGCAUUCAUUUUUAUUCGAACUUUUAUUUAUUUAACUAUUCUCUGAACGAAUAAAAAAUCAAUAAUGCCGAAAUGGACUGUUUUUGAGGUGAUUUUGAUAGGAAAAUUGGAAAAGGACCAUGGACCACGUAAAAGCAUGGAUUAUUUGGAAAAACUGAUCCAAAAGUGUUUGGAACUUUUUUCUCGAUAGAUGUUUGUGAAAAUCUGUGAUAUUUUAAAAGCUUUAGAAGCUCGGUAUGAAAAUCAUGAUAAUAUUUUUGAAUAAAUAUGUCCAUGGUGUUUAGAAAUGAACUGAAACAGCUUUCUGCAUGAAAAUCAAAAAAAAAUUGGCUCGCCGACUCUUGUCGGGUUUUGGAUAUUGCUAGGGUAUGAGUGGGAUUGACUUGUUACAAAAACAAGUCUGUAACAGGUUCGUCACAGCUUUGGAACAUCACCUGUGGGAAUCUGUUUUUGCUCCACUUCAAAGGGUGCCGGAUUCUAUCUCGCGUUAUUCCUUCUUAUUUUCAUUUUUUUUCUCUUUUUUUUUCUUCAGAUAAAAAUGUGAUAAUCCAUUUUAUGACUGAUGAUAUAAUCAAAAUUCUAUUGUUCGCAAAUUUCAAUAGAACAUCUAAUCCCAUCUCCAAAUGGAUUAGCUUUUCUCCUCGUUUUUUUCAGUUUUACUUUUACUUUUCACUACAUUUUAUAGAAAUUAGUAUUACAUAUUUUCUGUGUGAUAAAUGUAUAAAGCAAAGGGUAAAGUAAGUUUUCAGUCUCAGCCUCAGAAUCCCAGAAAAAUAUAUAAAAUCAUUAAAACUAUAUGAUUCUGUAAUGUCAUUCAUUCUCAGUCUGAAAAAAUGCAGGUCUAUUUGCUUUCGAAAUCAGAAAUCUGAAAUUAUUUUUAGGCAAUGGCGAUGUUCGAUCCAACCGCCAAACAAAGCCGUGAUCCUCCACCACGUCCAGAUCCAGAAGGUGUCGAAUAUCCAAGAGCUGCAAGUUGGGCAGCGGGAAGUUGUGCCAAUGUUUUGAAUGAUGAAAAAGGUUUGUGAUCUACAAAUGAAUAGACACACCGUAAUCUUGUUCUUCUGGAAAACAUUUAAAAAAUCCACGUUAAAUAUUUAGCGCGAAAUAAAUAAUAUUUUUUAAAUUUAUUAUUUUGGUGCCAAAACAUUAGAUUACUGUAGCUCCAAAAAAACAAGUAGAUUUCCUAAUUUCGAGGUUACUGUAGCCGGAGCGAAAUUCUGAAAUCUUGAAAUUUUUAGAUUGUUUGAAGGUUACUGUAGCUGGGUUUCAAAUAACAAACUUUGAGAAUUUUCUGUGUUUUUUCGGCCAAAACAAAUAAAUAGUCUUUGCAAAUAAAACAUGAUAAAAUCGCUUGGGGGUAUAGCUCAGUGGCAGAGCAUUGGAUUGCAGAUCCAGAGGUCCCCGGUUCAACCCCGGGUGCCCCCUAGUCUUUUUUUUUCGAUUUUUGGUGAAAAUUGAAUUGCUUUAUUGGGAUGUGUGUUUGCGAGUACUUUUGUUCACGAGUACUGGGCUUUUUUAAUUUUUACGACCAAAACCCAGAUAGACACCAAAUGAUAGUUGUUUGCAGGUCGUCAAUUGUUCCGCUGUUUUUUGUUCCAAUCAUUGGCUGAAGAGAAUUUGUCAUUUGUGGAAGCCACAGAUAAAUUGAAAAAAAUGAAAAGUAGCGAAGAGAAAAAAGAAUUCGCUGUUGAGAUUCUGAACACUUAUGCUCCAGCUAUCAAUUUGUCAAGUAUUGCAAUGAAAAAAAUGAAAGACACAAUUGAAAGUGAUAAUCCGGAUAUUGAAGAAUUUGGUCCAGCAAUCAAAGAAGUCAAAAGAUUGUUGGAAAAUGAUCAAUUUCCAAGAUUUAGAAGAUCAGAAAUUUAUCUCGAAUUUUUGGAAGAACUUUUGCCACGUUCUUAUGCUGAAAAAUGGGCGAUCAGUUUCGAAUCUUUGUUGGGAAAUCAUGUUGGAAGACAUCAUUUUCGUAUUUAUUUGCGUAGUAUUCACGCAGAAGAAAAUUUAAGAUUCUGGGAAGCUGUUGUCGAAUAUCGAUCGGUUAAGAAUAAAAGUAAUGCGAUGCAGAAUCUGGCUAAAGUUAUUUUGAACACUUAUUUGGCUGAGGGCACUUUGAAUGAGGUGAGAAAGAGAUAUUUCAAGUGAAAUGUUUUCCUGGUUAAUACUUUUCUCGCGGCCCAGAAAAUCAACAGAAAAUAUUUUUAAUUUUAUUCGAAAUCAUUGAAUUUUGGAAAUAAUCAUCAGAAAAUCCAGAGGUUUUAAAACACUUUUUCAUUCAGCAUUGAAACUAGAAUAAUUUGAAAAUUUAUUAGGAAUUUUUGAAACAGUGGAUUUUUUUGCUAAAUUUUGGAAUUUCCUAAUUUUACUCGACCUUUUAAAAAUAUACCAGAAAUUUACCGUUGAAAAAUUAAAAAGAAACUUUUUAAUUAAGUUUCACAUUUCCUGCUCAAAAUUAGCUGAAAUUCUCUAAUUUCCAGGUAUUUUUGCCAUUUGGCGUUCGCCAAGUCGUCGAACGUCGAAUCAACGACAAAGAAUCGGAUAUUUCGCUUUUCGACGAAGCCAUCAAACAUGUCGAACAAGUUCUUCGAAAUGAUCCAUAUGUUCGCUUUCUUCAAAGUUCCCAAUACACAAAUCUUCUUGCAAAACUCAAAAAUUGA